UUUUAGUUACACCCACCACUGCAAAAAAUGUAGCGACAUGAAAACAUGUGCAAAAAUCAUGCAAAAUUUCACGAUAUGAAGCCAUGUAAUGCUGAAACCGGAUCGGGGUGGAUGAGAAAAGCGGUUGCACUGAACGUGAGCUCUGUCAUCAUCUUCAUUUUUAGUUGUACGUGUAAUCGUGAUUCCGGUCGGGGUCAAAAUUUUAAUCACGACCAUCUUUAUGGUCCAGCCAAUUAAUCUUUAAAUUAGUUAAAUUAGUCGAGGGAGGGAGGAACAAGAUCAGAAAUUAGUAAACUAAUUACGCAAUAAUGUUGAAGGCUGCGAACAAGGGCCGUGUCGCCUUUAUCCAUCCCGACUUGGGUCUCGGAGGCGCGGAACGGCUCAUCGUGGAUGCCGCGGUGGGCCUGCAACAGCGCGGCUAUAAGGUCACGAUCUACACCGGAUAUCACGACAAGGGUCACGCUUUUCCAGAAACGACGGAUGGCACGUUGAAGGUUGUCACAAUUGGUCAAAAUAUUCCUCGCAGCCUAUUUGGUCACCUCGUCGCUUUGUUGGCGUAUCUAAAAAUGAGUCUGAUUGCACUAUAUAUUUCACUCUUUUGCCACAGUGAGAGACCGGAUGUGGUGGUUUGCGAUCAGGUUUCAGCAUGCAUCCCAUUCCUCAAGGGUUUCCCAAGAUUAUCCCUGCACAAGGUUUUGUUCUAUUGUCACUUUCCCGACCAGCUUUUAACGACGAGGGAGUCCUUUUUAAAGUCCUGGUAUCGCAAACCGCUCGACUACAUUGAGGAGAAAACGACCGGGAUGGCGGAUAAGAUCGUGGUCAAUAGCGACUUUACCAAAGGCGUUUUUAAAGAAACUUUCAAAUCGUUACGAAUCGUCCCUGAUAUUUUGUACCCUUCCAUAAAUUCCAACCUAUUUGACGACCUCUCGACGUCGAAGCAACCCGUAAAGUUAGAUAUUCCGGAUGCGAAACAUUUAUUCGUGUCCAUCAACAGAUUUGAACCUAAGAAAAAUAUAGCGCUCGCCAUCCGCACUUUGAAGAAAUUGAGAACCUGUCUCGAAGAUGAUGAAUGGAACGAUGUGCAUCUCGUACUUGCCGGUGGAUAUGAUCCCCGACUCCAAGAUAGUGUCGCGUAUCUGGAGAAAUUAAAGAAAAUCGUGGCCGAUGAAGGGGUCGCUGAUCACGUCACGUUUAUCUUAUCUCCAAAAGACGCCGUCAAAGUGAAAUUAUUAUCGAUCUGCUCUGCCCUGAUUUACACGCCGUCUAACGAACAUUUUGGCAUUGUUCCACUCGAGGCCAUGUACAUGGAGAAACCCGUCAUCGCCGUGAAUUCUGGUGGGCCGCGAGAAACUGUUCGCGACAAUGAGACCGGAUUCCUCUGUCCCGCAACGGAACCUCAUUUCGCCGUUGCGAUGGCCCGCAUCAUCAAAGAGCCACAACUUUCCGUUAAGAUGGGAAAGGCCGGCAAGAAACAUUUCAUUCAGAAUUUCUCCUUUGACGCCUUCUCCACGAGUUGGGAACGCAUCGUGGCUGACCUCAUCGGUUCAGCGGCACACCUACACACCGAGUGAAGAAGACUUUUUCAAACAACUAAAAAAUAAGCAAUACUUGACAGCUAUCAUGUCUCUUAUCCCCACCACCACUUUUUUGAAGGAUGGUGUACUUUAACAGCAACAUAAUUUAUUUCGUUAAUCCAUAAAUAACUACGUUCCAAUGUUCCAAUUAUAAUUUUUAAUGCAUUUUAUGUUAAAAUAAGUUUUAAUCCGCUAUGCAACAUUUGCUACAUUCCUCGAGUGUAAUUUUACUCGUAGCAAAAAUAUUAUGAAAUCACUCAUUCCCAAUCUAUCUAAAUAUCAGAGCUGUCAGUCAAUAUUUAGUAAAUAAUAAACCACUAAAGAUUAAGUGUCCGUGCAUUUCUUCAUGCCGUGUUUAAUGCAAUGAUGAUGAUGAUGAUAUAUAUGCCAUGAUUUUAUGCCAUUCAUUCCUCUCCUCUCAGCUUGCUACAUAUUUCCAGAUUUAUGUAUGUAUGCGCAAUGAUGUCAGCCAGUUAUGUAAGCAAAUAAAGUGAACACUCCUUCUUUUCCCAAA